AUGGCCACCAACUCUCUUCAUUACUCCAUCCACCACCACCACCAUUCCCUCCUCAGACGCCACCACAACCCUUCAGACACCCCUCCCCCCACAUCACUUUUCCUCAAACCCUCCACACCCACCACACACCCCAACUUAACUCUCUCCCACCACACUCCUUCUAACUCUCACAUCACUUUCUUUUCCCUCUCCCAAACCACACACUCCUCCUCCACCUCCCAAACCACCCCCUCCUUUGACCUCCUCCGCCAACACCUCUCCUCAAAAAGCUUCCAGCUAGCUGAUGAAGAGACGCGUCGUCUUCUCAUCGUGCUUGCAGGCGAAGCCGCGCAGAAGCGCGGCUACGUGUUCUUCUCGGAGGUGCAGUUCAUAUCGGAGAGCGACCUCAUAACCAUUGACACCCUUUGGAGGGAGCACAGUGGCAACAAAUUUGGGUACAGUGUGCAGAAGCGGAUACUGGAGAAGGCCAAUGGGGACUACACAAAGUUCUUCAUCAAGGUGGGGUGGAUGAAGAAGCUUGACACUGAGGUGGAGCAAUACAAUUACAGGUCUUUCCCUUCUGAGUUCACCUGGGAGCUCAAUGAUGACACCCCGGAGGGACACUUGCCUCUCACAAACGCACUCAGAGGGACACAGUUACUCAAUAAUGUUCUCAACCAUCCAGCUUUUGCUGAUACUAACAAAGAACAAGAAGAUGUUGAUAACAAGGACAAUGGGGCACUCACAGGAUCAAAGGAUAAUAGUUCAUCUUCAAAGACAUUGACUCAGACGAUCUUUAAACCAGAUUAUAGCUUUUGA